CUCUUCACUUGCUCCUCUGACCUACUCCAUCCUCAACCAAACACCAGAACCAUGACCUGCUGUGGCUGCUCAGGAGGCUGUGGCUCUAGCUGUGGGGGCUGUGGCUCUGGCUGUGGGGGUUGUGGCUCCAGCUGUGGAGGCUGUGGCUCUAGCUGUGGGGGCUGUGGCUCCAGCUGUUGCAAGCCUGUGUGCUGCUGUGUGCCUGUCUGUUCCUGCUCCAGCUGUGGAGGCUGUGGCUCUGGCUGUAGUGGCUGUGGCUCCAGCUGUGGAGGUUGUGGCUCCAGCUGUGGGGGCUGUGGCUCUGGCUGUGGAGGCUGUGGCUCCAGCUGCUGCAAGCCUGUGUGCUGCUGUGUGCCUGUCUGUUCUUGCUCCAGCUGUGGGGGCUGCAAGCCCUGCUGCUGUCAGUCCAGUUGCUGCAAGCCCUGCUGCUGUCAGUCCAGCUGCUGCAAGCCCUGCUGCUGCUAG